GAUCGUCCUUACAUGCAUUAAGAUGGGGAAGAGAGAUUCUUAUAGUGAUGGAAAUAGUAGAAAUGCUGCACAUGGUAGAAACAAAAGCAAUGCAACAUAUGAUAACAGAGGGUAUCAAGGAGAACCCGCUGAACAGCGUAUCUCUGCUCGACAAGCAUAUCAGGCCCAAUUACAAGGUGAAUUCCAUGGAAAUGUACACCCUUCAGGGAGCCAAACUUCAUUCGAAAUGCAACCAAUGGGUCAACCAUAUCCAAUGGGCCCACAAAAUGUACAGUAUGCAAUACCGAUUCAAGGAUAUCUACCACCUGUGAAUGCACAGAACGUUCAGUACGCACAACCGUCUUUUAGUGUGCAAGUUCUUCCUCCAGGCAACCAGUACAUGGUGAGAGAUUCGUCGUCACCUUUACCGCCUCAAACAGCAGACGACUUGAGAACUUACAUGCCAUCCAUUGUAUGCAUAAUUUUCAAGCGGAUAAUAUCAACGCUUUUCAUUCUUUUUGACCUGUGCUUGACUUGGUCGCAAUUUGCCGCCUGGGUCGGCCAUUUCGAUCUCCCAGAUUGGAUGAAUGUUUUUGAAAAUGUGAACAGUUUGAAAUCAAACUCACGAUUUCAGUCCAAUUGCAGUGUAGGAUCGAGCGACCUAACAACCUACUAUGGUAUCAUCGCUGGCAUAGGUACAGUAUAUGCUAUAUUGAAAAUAGUAAAUAUGAUUGGGGAAACAAUCCUGGAAUACCAAAAGCAGAAUCCGAGUGAGACCGAAGCAGGUUGCAGAGGUUUUCAAUUCAUACAUGGUUGGAUUGAAACAUUGUUAGGGUUAGUCUGCGAUGAUCUACCUCAAAUUAUAUUUUUGGUCGUUUUCAGUGCGAGUUGUGACUUUGAUUAUAUCGCCGUUAUCAAAGUAUUUAUUUGGGGAGAAAUCAAGUCCAUGAAAAAUAACUACCGGGUGACUUCGUGCAAGCAAAAGUAUAAGCCAUGUUGCUAUUAUGUUUGCAAGGAUUGCUGUGUCUACUAUUACGACUUCACAUGUUGUUGUCACACGCUGAUUUUCAGACCAUGUGCCUGUUGUGGGAGUGAUCAGUGUGUUGAAUGUGAAACAUUCGAGAUUUGUCCUGAUUGUCCGUGCAAUAGACAAACUGGUUGCUGUGGUGAAAUCGAAAAUGAUCCGCAAUGGGCUUUACGAUUGUACCGAAAGGCAGAAGAAAUCUAUGAAAUGGUUCUUGUUCUGCUUCUCAUUUUAAUGUUUGUGGAAUUAUUUAAGAACUGGAAUGUGAGUUGGCCCAUAUAAUUUUGGUCCGUAUGAAAUAACAUCGUUAAUUAUAUUAGUAUUUAGUAUCAUAUGUGACAACAAACUGCCAAAGACAUUACUAAUAUAUACAUCUUGUUGGCAAGUGUUGGAUACAUGCUGAUUUAUAUACACUGUAUAGCAAAUAAAAAUUGCCUGAACAAAAUAUCAUUAUUUACCAUAUAAAUGUUAUACUAAUAACUUGGAAUUAAAUCAUAUUUUUUGUGCAAGAAA